CAGGUCUACAGGGUUGCCCUUUCCAGCAUCAUGUCACUGCUUCUCCUUCAGAUGUUAGUGCUCUCAUGUCUUGGAGCCACAGAGCUACAGAGAAAUUCACAGCGAAGGAAAAGCAGAGGGCCAUUUCAGCACUUUCUCUACCUGAACAAAAAUCUGUUUGGAAGUCAAAGUUCUCCUGAGCGGAUAAGUGAGAACCCAGCAGGAACUAAAGAGACCCUGAGGGUACCAAGCUUUUUUGUAUCGAUUCCACAGACAGCAUCUGGAAGUGAGAAGAAAGAAGAGAAAAAAAUGUCCAGAUUCAUACUUCCCAGUGCAGGACCCCGUGCAGACCAAAACCCAAGAACCUGGGUUGCAUCCAGAGAGACCUCUCCUGUGGAAAACCUCUCUCCACCCAACUAUUCAAGUAAGAGAGAGUCUGAAGUUCCCUACAGAAAGGAUGCCAAGAAAUUCUGGGACCAUUUCAUGUUAAAGAAAAAUUCAGCUUCUGAAGAGGUUGUCCUGCCAAUCAAGACAAAUGAAAUGCACCAAGAAAACUGCAGAACCCUGCCUUUUGCCCAGGGUGUUACUCAUAACAGCUGUGAGAAGGUGACAGUGCAGAAUAAUCUGUGUUUUGGAAAAUGUAGUUCUUUUCAUGUUCCUGGUUCAGAAGAUCAUCUUUAUACCUUUUGUUCUCGUUGCCUGCCCAGCAAGUUCUCCAUGAAGCGCCUGGAUCUCAACUGCACUGAUUCUGUUCCAGUGGUCAAAGAAAUCAUGAUUGUAGAAGAGUGUAAAUGUGAAAGUCGGAAGAUUAAAGACCCUGUGAUUGGAUCUCUACUGUCAGACUUGCAUGAAAAUGUAUAUGAGCACAAUUAACUCGGAGCAAAGUACCUCUUAACUUGAUCAUAAGAAUUUGCCAAUGAAAAAAUUCAAACAAAUUGUCAUCACUCUAGUACAAAAAAAACAUUAAAAACGUAGACUUUCUACAUGAUCUCUGUUUCAACAAUAACUUCACCUAAAGUGUAACAAAUGUUUCCUUGCAGCUGUUAAGGAAAAUGAGGUGAAAUUACUGAGUUUAUGUGUAAAGGUCUUUAACAAGGGAAAACUUUAAAAGUUUUCCACCCUGCCUAUCAUUUUUACUAGGAUGCUAGUAAACACUGAAUUAACAUGAUUUAUUUGUGCAAAACCCGAAUGUUGACUUGUUUUCCCUGUCUUUGCUUGUGAGAAUUACCAAUAUAUCUCAACUGGCAACAAAGAUGAGAUUUUAGUCUGUUCCCUACAAAAACAGGUCUA